GAGGCAGCAUAGCCAGGUCGCCGCGCCCGUGUUCCCGUGUCUCUGUCUGAUACUGAUAAUACGCUUCAGACACCUAACCCUCAUUCUUCUCUAAUUAUCCAUCCUAACCUAACCCUUUCCUCCUCCCGAUCCCCCCGAUCCCGCAUUUGCCUCUCCGGCGCGGCGCCGAUCCGGUCCGAUUCCUCCAUAGGUGAAUCCCAGUGACUGUGAGCAUUAUUAGGUCCAAGGCUGGCCUCUGCAUUUUUUGGUGGCUGCCUGCUCAAGGGAAAAAGGACAUCGGUAUCAGUUAGGCAAAUAACUGGAUUAUGGUGCUCCACGAACUGCAGUCCGGAGGGGCACGAGGUUGCGGAUGCGCUGGAAACGCGAGAGAGGGCGCAGGGUUCGAGCGGAGUUGAGCUGUGGGGCACAGUACACAGAGCACAAGGCAAUGGGCCUGGCCAGCCAGCUGCUCCUGGUGCUCAGGAGCUACUCCCUUCCUGUCUGGGCGACCAUCAUAUCCGGGCUCUUCGUUGUCGUCUCGCUCUCGUUGUCCCUCUUCCUGCUCUUCAACCACCUGUCGGCCUACAAGAACCCGGAGGAGCAGAAGUUCCUGGUCGGAGUUGUGCUGAUGGUGCCAAUUUAUGCGAUUGAGUCGUAUAUAUCAUUGGUCAACCCAUCGAUCGGUGUUGAUAUUGAGAUUCUGCGGGAUGGCUACGAGGCAUUUGCCAUGUACUGUUUCGGCCGGUAUCUAGUCGCGUGCUUAGGUGGGGAAGAUAGGACAAUAGAGUUUCUGAAGAAGGAGGGCGGUUCUGGUUCCGAUGCGCCACUUUUAGGCCACGCAUCCGAAGAACGACUUGUGAACCACCCUUUUCCGAUGAAUUACAUGUUGAACCCGUGGCCCAUAGGCGAGUGGUUCUACAUUGUCGUUAAGUCUGGGCUUGUCCAAUAUAUGAUAAUGAAGACAAUAUGUGCUCUUCUUGCGGUGAUUCUUGAAUCCUUCGGGGUGUACUGUGAAGGGGAGUUUAAAUGGAACUGUGGGUACUCUUACACGGCCAUGGCUCUCAAUUUCAGUCAGUCAUGGGCCUUGUACUGUCUUGUUCAAUUUUAUGCCGUCAUAAAGGAUGAGCUAGCCCAUAUAAAGCCCCUUGCAAAGUUUCUGACAUUCAAGUCUAUUGUGUUCUUAACAUGGUGGCAAGGUGUGGCAAUUGCACUGCUUUCCAGCUGGGGUUUGUUGAGAGGCCCUAUAGCUCAAGAGUUGCAGUUCAAGUCUAGUAUUCAGGACUUCAUCAUCUGCAUAGAGAUGGGUGUUGCUUCUCUUGUUCACUUGUACGUCUUCCCUGCGAAACCAUAUGAGCUAAUGGGCGAUCGUUUCAUGGGAGGGGUUUCAGUUCUUGGAGACUAUGCUUCAGUUGACUGCCCUCUAGAUCCAGAUGAAGUUAAAGAUAGCGAACGGCCAACCAAAUUUAGGCUUCCCCAGCCAACCGAUCAUGUGAGAUGCUCCACUGCCAUAAAAGAAAGCGUCCGCGAUGUUGUACUUGGAGGAGGUGAAUAUAUUGUGAAUGACCUGAAGUUCACCUUCGACCACGCGGUGGAGCCGAUCAACGAGAAGAUCCACCAGAUAUCCCAGAACAUGAAGAAGCACGAUAAAGAGAAGAAUAAGAAGACGAACGAUGACAGCUGCAUCGACUCGCCGCGAUCCCUGCAUAGGGUGAUCAGCGGGAUCGACGACCCGCUUCUGAAUGGGAGCCUCAGCGACAACAGUGGGCCGAAGAAAUCGCGGAGGCAGCAGCGCAGGAGGUCGGGCGCAGGGAGCGGCGGGGAGAGCAGCGACCAAGGGCUGGGCGGGUACGAGAUCCGAGGGCACAGGUGGAUCACAAAGGAGUGAGGGUCAGAAAUUCCUUUUGGAGAAGUGCUGGAUUCUUGGGAUAUUCCUAGCUGAAAGGCAUUAAUUACCUGAAGCCUUGAUGAAUCGGGAGUCGGCGAAGAAGUAUAAUGUCUGCGACCCUUGCGACGCGGCAAAUGGAGCUAUCGUCGUUUUUCAUUCCGGCUGACAAUUUCAGCUGCUAGUGCGUCCAUCGUAUAUACAGUAUAUAGCAGGAUUACAGGCUUACAGCAAGUAAAGGAAGGAAUGAUCAUGGCAGGUUCAUGCAACAGCAUACCCAUGCUGCAUCCGUCAUCUCUAUACCUUUUAGACGAACAUGUUCUGUAAAGUGCAGACUAAUAAGAUGCAAACGAAUUUAUUGAUGGCUGUUUUGAACCUGCAACUGAAUUUUACAA